AUGGACCCUGAGGCUGUAAUAACCCUUUUCGAUUCAUGCUGGUUCCAUCUCGAAAUUCUCAAGAAACGACCAGACCCAUCAUCUUCCUCGACUUCUGAAACAGACCCAGAUCGUAAAAUCAAGGAAAGUUCCUCAGAAUGGAAGGAAUUUCCAACCCAAUUGGUGGUUGAAACCAGGUCAAAAGCUGAGCUUUUGAGUUUCAAUUCCGGGUACAAUUCCGAUUCCUUUUCCCCGGUCUCAGUCCUCCCGGAAUCGCAUUUCCGGUCAACGCCGGAGACGGCGAAGGAAGUGAAGAGGGGAAACAGGGGGAAGAGGAGGGGGAGAAAGGGCGAGAAGGGAUCACUGAGCAAGAGCUUAUCGGAGCUUGAGUUUCAGGAGCUGAAAGGGUUUAUGGAUCUGGGGUUUGAAUUCUCUGAAGAAGAUGUGAAUUCGAGCCUGGUUGAGAUCAUUCCCGGGCUGCAGAAACUGGGCAAGAAAGAAGAGGAGAAGACGCCGAAUAAGGCUGCCAGAGCUCGUCCUUAUCUCUCUGAAGCUUGGGAGGCUAUGGAGAAAGAAGAGAGGAAGAAGAACCAGUUGAUGAAGUGGAGAAUCCCUGCAAUGAACAAUGAGGUUAACAUGAAAGACAGUCUCAAAUGGUGGGCUCAUACUGUUGCAUCCACAGUUAGAUGA